GGCGCGGGCGUUCCCGCCUCCCCGUUACAUGCCCCAGUAACCCCAGCGCCGGCGACCGGGAGUAACCUCGCGCGCGGGCGGCGCCCCCCCGCGCCCAGACUCUCGCCUGCUCCCGCCUCAGCCAAUGGGAAGGCAGCGAACGGGCCGGCCGGGCGCUCGCCCCGGAGGGCUCCUCCCGGGAGCAUUUCGAACGGAGUUGAACUGUCGCCGGGCCACGGGCUCAGACCUUUCCAAUGGCAGCUCUGGGUCCCAACGCCAAGCCCCGCCCAGCCCUGAGCCUCCCCGUGUGCAUUCUCGGCAGGAGUCACCUUUGCCUUACAAACCUUCAGACCCGCCCUCUUCCUACCUUGCCGCGCUAGGCCCCGCCCUCUGCGCAGGUCGGCCAAUAACGGGGUGAGCUGGCGCCGCGGGGCGGGCCUCCAGCCAAUGCGCACGCCGUGGGCGGGCCCCGAGCCGGAAUUGGGGGUGAAGCGAUAGCGUUUUGCCCGCAUUCGGGGCGCGCGGAGCUGGGGGGUCCCUGUGGGGCGCCCGGAGUUAAGAUGGCGUCCUCAGCGGAGGGGGACGAGGGGACUGUGGUGGCGCUGGCGGGGGUUCUGCAGUCGGGUUUCCAGGAGCUGAGCCUUAACAAGUUGGCGACGUCCCUGGGCGCGUCAGAACAGGCGCUGCGGCUGAUCAUCUCCAUCUUCCUGGGUUACCCCUUUGCUUUGUUUUAUCGGCAUUACCUUUUCUACAAGGAGACCUACCUCAUCCACCUCUUCCAUACCUUUACAGGCCUCUCAAUUGCUUAUUUUAACUUUGGAAACCAGCUCUACCACUCCCUGCUAUGUAUUGUGCUUCAGUUCCUCAUCCUUCGACUAAUGGGCCGCACCAUCACUGCCGUCCUCACUACCUUUUGCUUCCAGAUGGCCUACCUUCUGGCUGGAUAUUAUUACACUGCCACCGGCAACUACGAUAUCAAGUGGACAAUGCCACAUUGUGUUCUGACUUUGAAGCUGAUUGGUUUGGCUGUUGACUACUUUGACGGAGGGAAAGAUCAGAAUUCCUUGUCCUCUGAGCAACAGAAAUAUGCCAUACGUGGUGUUCCUUCCCUGCUGGAAGUUGCUGGUUUCUCCUACUUCUAUGGGGCCUUCUUGGUAGGGCCCCAGUUCUCAAUGAAUCACUACAUGAAGCUGGUGCAGGGAGAGCUGACUGACAUACCAGGAAAGAUACCAAACAGCAUCAUUCCUGCUCUCAAGCGCCUGAGUCUGGGCCUUUUCUACCUAGUGGGCUACACACUGCUCAGCCCCCACAUCACAGAAGACUAUCUCCUCACUGAAGACUAUGACAACCACCCCUUCUGGUUCCGCUGCAUGUACAUGCUGAUCUGGGGCAAGUUUGUGCUGUACAAAUAUGUCACCUGUUGGCUGGUCACAGAAGGAGUAUGCAUUUUGACGGGCCUGGGCUUCAAUGGCUUUGAAGAAAAGGGCAAGGCAAAGUGGGAUGCCUGUGCCAACAUGAAGGUGUGGCUCUUUGAAACAAACCCCCGCUUCACUGGCACCAUUGCCUCAUUCAACAUCAACACCAACGCCUGGGUGGCCCGCUACAUCUUCAAACGACUCAAGUUCCUUGGAAGUAAAGAACUCUCUCAGGGUCUCUCGUUGCUAUUCCUGGCCCUCUGGCACGGCCUGCACUCAGGAUACCUGGUCUGCUUCCAGAUGGAAUUCCUCAUUGUUAUUGUGGAAAGACAGGCUGCCAGGCUCAUUCAAGAGAGCCCCACCCUGAGCAAGCUGGCCGCCAUUACUGUCCUCCAGCCCUUCUACUAUUUGGUGCAACAGACCAUCCACUGGCUCUUCAUGGGUUACUCCAUGACUGCCUUCUGCCUCUUCACGUGGGACAAAUGGCUUAAGGUGUAUAAAUCCAUCUGUUUCCUUGGCCACAUCUUCUUCUUGAGCCUACUAUUCAUAUUGCCUUAUAUUCACAAAGCAAUGGUGCCAAGGAAAGAGAAGUUAAAGAAGAUGGAAUAAUCCAUUUCCCUGGUGGCCUACGCAGGACUGGUGCAGAAACUACUUGUCUCCCUUUUCACAGCACUCCUUUGCCCCAGAGCAGAGAAUGGAAAAGCCAGGGAGGUGGAAGAUCGAUGCUUCCAGCUGUGCCUCUGCUGCCAGCCAAGUCUUCAUUUGGGGCCAAAGGGGAAACUUUUUUUUGGAGAAGGAGUCUUGCUUUGUCACCCACGCUGGAAUGCAGUGGCGCGAUCUCAGCUCACCGCAACCUCCACCUCCCGGGUUCAAGUGAUUUUCCUGCCUCAGUCUCCCAAGUAGCUGGGAAUACAGGCACGCCACCAUGCCCAGCUAAUUUUUGUAUUUUCAGUAGAAACGGGAUUUCACCACGUUGGCCAGGCUGGUCUCGAACUCCUGACCGCAAGUGAUCCACCCGCCUCCGCCUCCCAAAGUGCUGGGAUUACAGGCGUGAGCCACUGUGCCCGGCCCAAAGGGGAAACUCUUGUGGGAGGAGCAGAGGGGCUCACAUCUCCCCUCUGAUUCCCCCAUGCACAUUGCCUUAUCUCUCCCCAUCUAGCCAGGAAUCUAUUGUGUUUUUCUUCUGCCAAUUUACUAUGAUUGUGUAUGUGCCGCUACCACCACCCCCCCCAUGGGGGGGUGGAGAGGGGUGCAAGGCCCUGCCUGCUCCACUUUUUCUACCUUGGAACUGUAUUAGAUAAAAUCACUUCUGUUUGUUCAGUUUUUCA